ACAUUGCUCAAUGCAGUCAUGGUGCAUCAACAACAAAAAUUGAUCAAUCAUCUUUGAAACAACGGUAAAUUGAAUCAAAUUUCCGAGAAAAAAUGUUUCAUCGAUCAACUAGUAAUAGUUCAGCAUCUCCCAAUAAUAAUGAUUCUAAUGAUCUAAAUAAUUAUAUCGCAUCGAUAAACAAUUAUGAAAAAAUACGAGAAAAUAUUUGUCAUAAUGUUAAAGAUUUAAUAAAAUCCUUAUCAGCUUUAAAUACAAUUGAAAAGAAAUGUAUCGACAAUCUAUCAUCAUUGAAUAGAGAAGAUGAAAAAUUGAUACAAUUGCUACAAUGUUGGAAUGAAUUGAUCGAUAAAUCAAUGAAAAAUCGUCAAGAUUUAGCCAUCUGUAUAUCGCAUACGGUAGCUGAGCCAAUGAAAAAAUUUCAGAUUGCAUUUCAAGAAAUAAAAAGUGCAAUAAAACGUUACGAACAAUUAAUGAAUGAUUGUAAUAAAUAUAAUCAAAAAUUAUUAGCGUUAAAACGUCAUGAUCGUACAUCGGAUGUAAUUGUCAAACAAAAUCGCUUCGAAACAUUAUUGAAACGAACACAAAUGGAUUGUGAAUCAUUACGACAAACGCUUGAAAGAGAAUUGCCAAUAUUUCUGGAAAAACGUGUCGAAUAUUUUCAACCAUCAUUUGCUUCAUUCAUUUGCUCACAUAUUUUAUUUGCUGGUCUCAAUUUAUCAGCAAUCGAUCAAUCCAAUAUGGAUUUUUACGAUCAAAACGAAUCCGAUCAACAGGAAAAACAACAACAACUAUUCAAUACAAUCAAUAAUUUAUCCAUUAUUAGUUGAUGAUGUUUUAUUUUUUUAAAAAAAUAUUUAAA